AUGGCUAAUCCUAAGCGUUGGGUCUUCUGCAGCAUCGCCACUGUUGCGGGUGUGCUGGUCAUCAUAUCCACCUCCUUCCUCGUUGUUCUCAACAACGGCAGUACCACCAGAGCCACCAUGGCCACCAGCAUCACCACUACCUCCGACACCAAGAUAUACGGCUACUACCCUCCCCCCACCACUGGCGCCGCCGCCCAGGACGACGAGGGCUAUAGCAAGACCUACACCCUUCACGAGCUCAUCUACACCGGCACCGCCAAGGAGAGAAUCCUCCGUGGCUUCCUCUUCGGAAGCCUGCUGGGCCUGCUCCUCGCCCUCUGCUGCUGCUGCUGGGUCCCCUUCUUCCGCGACGGCGUCCGAGACGACAACGAAGCCGGAAAUACACCCCUCCCGGGCAACCGUCGUGCCCGUCGCGCCGCUGCCGCCGCCACCCGCCGCGCCAAUCAGCGCACCAACAGUCGCCAGCCCCGCGAGGGCCCCGACGGCAUUGAGCUCGCCAACAUGGCCGGUCAUGCUCGCCGUGGCAACAGCGCCAACCAGGCCGUCAUGUCUGGCGCUCUCCCCGCCGACCCCGAGGCCGGCGUUGCUGGCCCUUCCACCAGCAGCCUGGGACGCAGCCGCGCUGCCCUGGCCCGCGCUAUGCGCAACAACCGCCGCACUGACUAA